ACCAAGCCCCUGUUCCCGCUGAGCUACCCCUUGCCGACUGUUGGCGCUGUUACGGCUGUGCGCCUCAUCGCGUCCGUGCUUCCGCUUGAGGCCAUCGCCAAGCAAUACGGAACCCAACCUGCCGGAGUCCUUGCCCUCGGCUCUCAGCCUGGCACGCCACUGGCGCCGUCGCAGGUUGGCGGCGAAGUUGAGGGGAAGGAGUGUGUACUGAUCCUUCGCCUCGUCAUCAGGUCACU